UUAACCUGCCGGCUUCAGCCCCUGCACCCCAAAGGAGGAGACUGCCUUGGCCCUGUGGUGCACCCCACUGCAACCAAUGUGCCAGAGGAGGACAUCACCAGCUCCUUGGCACUGGACAGCCAGACACACCACACCAGCCCUGAAGCUGCUGCCUGGACCCCUUCCACGCGCCCCCAGUGCAGCGAGGAGGGGGCUUGGCACCCCAGCCCCCUGAGCUGCCCCAUCUCCCUGCCUCAGCCUCCCGGCACGUCCCCACCACCACGCUGCAGAGCCGGUGCCCUGACCACGUCUUUUUCCAGUCCCAACAAAGACCUCCCAGUGCCACUGGGCGAGCUCCUGAGCUGGGUCUCCGACAUCAGCAGGUCGUGGACGGGCUCGAGGGGAGUCCCGGAGGCGGCAGCUGCUCGGCUGUGCCCACCUGCACAGGUGCACCACGCUGCAGGGGACACCGGAGAUGGUGUGGAGGGCUCGCCGUGGGACAGGGAGGAGCUGGAGAGAGCCUGCCUGCACUCCGAGCAGAGGCUGGAGGUGCAGGAGCAGCUGCUCGCCCUGCGGCACUGGCUGGACGCCGUGGAGAAGCGGCUGCUGGCGCUGCCAGAGCCUGGCACGGCCCUGCAGGUGUCCUCACGGGCUGUGCCCGUCCCAGAGGAGGCAGCAGAGAGGGGCCAGGAGACGCUGGAGCGGCUGCUGGCCUGGGUGGCAGACAUGGAGGAGCUGGUGAGCAACCAGAAGCCGCCGUCGGCGGAGGCCAAGGUGGUGAAGGCGCAGCUGGAGGAGCAGAAGCUCCUGAAACGCCUGCUGGAGGAGCGGAGGCCACGUGUGGAGCUUGUCCUGCAGGACAGACUGACGGCACCCGAGGGCAGCACCGGCCUCUUCAGCCUCGGGGAGAGGUGGGACAAGCUGAUGCAGGAGGCUGAAGCCAGGUAUGGCUGCCUGGAGCGGAUCCUGCCGGCAGCCCAGGGCUUCCAGGAGGCUGUGGAUGCCUUCCAGGAGUGGCUGGGUGCCACAGAGAGGCAGCUGGCCCAGCUCUGGCGUGCUGAUGGCUGUGUGGGCCGCGUGCAGGACGCCCACCAGCAGACCCAGGCCCUCUGUGAGGAGAUCCGCGGGCGGCUGGGGGAGCUGGAUGGAGCCCUGGAGAGCGGGCAGCGCGUCCUAGAGCUGGUGACAGGCGAGUGUUCCAUGUCCAAGGAUGCCAGUGCGGUGGCACUGAUGCCAGUGCGGUGGCACUGA